UGCGAGCUAGCUGCAAUCCAUCACACAAUGGCUGAUCACAAUGAAAACUUUGCUCCAAAUGCGGACCUGGGAGGUACGGCGGCACACACCAAGGCACAACAGCCAGCCAGCACUGAUACGAAAACCGAGCAAGCACAGCCCACCAGUUCCUUCUCGAGGGAUACGAAGCGAGAGGCCAGCUGGCCAUCGGUACUGUUUUACAUCCAUCUUAACAUUCUAGGCGUGUACGGUGUAUUCGUUUUAUUUUCUCACACCUCAGUGAUAACGUGUAUCUUCACAUUCUUGCUCACAUUAUGCGGUAUCUUGGGCGUUACGGCCGGGGCCCACCGUCUAUGGGCGCAUAGAACGUAUCAAGCCACCCCAUUGCUUCGCUUCGUGCUGAUGAUCUUCCAAACGCUUGCCGGACAGGGCUCAAUCUACGAUUGGGUACGCUUGCAUCGGCUCCAUCACGAAAAGUACCGCACCGUUGACGAUCCGUACUACAGCGAUAAGGACUUUCUGCACGCACAAGUGUUUGCCAACAUACGCAAGCUAAGCCCAAAGCAGGAAAAGCUGCUGGCAACGAUCGAUAUGAGCGAUCUCGAAUCGGACCGGAUUGUUAUGUUCCAGCGGCGGUUCUAUUGGUUGCUUUACGUAGUACUGUUCGUACUGCUACCGAUCAACGCACCGCUCGAAUACUGGGGCGAUACCGUACAGGCGGCCAUCUUUGUCGCCUUCUCGUUGCGCUACCUGAUCGUGCUGAACGUUUCGUGGCUCAUCAAUUCGGCUCACUUUGUCUGGGGUCUAGACAAAAGCCACAAGCAGUCGGACUCGAAUAUGGUGUUUUUGGUGACCAAGAGCUACUGGCCGCAGUACCACUAUCUGCUACCGUUCGACUAUCAGAGUGGCGAGUUUGGCAACUACGGUUCCGGUUGUACUACCGCAUUUAUUCGCAUCUGUGCCGCUACCGGGCAGGCGACCAAUCUGCAAACCAUGACCACCGAAGCCGUCAAGCGGGGUCUCACGAUGGCCGUGGACAGUGGUAAGCCGAUCGUCGAAUGUCUUAAGCAGGCCGGUGCCGAGGAUAUGUGCAAUCUGAAACGUGAACAUUAUCUCCAAAAUGAACGACUGCACUAGCCGCUAGUUA